AGAGCCGGAAGUGUGGGUGGCAGGGAUAGAAACCGCAGCUGAGGCAGCCGUCACUGCCGCUGCCAUCACCCGGCUGUAGUGCAUCACCCUGCACCCACCGGCGGUGGGUGCCUCCUCCGCUCCCAAGGGGCUCAAGGAGUCCUGAGGGGCGAAGCGGCAGGGACGCUUCUCUCUUCAGAGAAGAGGCGACGUCGCAGCCCCGGAUGCGGCCAGAGGGCGCGAGAAUGGAGCUUGGCGGCUGCGAGGAGGGCUUGCCGGAGGAGAGCAGGAGGGAGCACUGGCAGUUGCUGGGUAAUUUGAAGACUACUGUGGAGGGUUUAGUAUCAGCCAACAGUCCCAAUGUCUGGUCCAAGUAUGGUGGCCUGGAGCGGCUUUGCAGGGACAUGCAGAGCAUCCUCUAUCAUGGGCUUAUCCAUGACCAGCAGAUGUGUUGUCGCCAGACUGAUUACUGGCAAUUUGUGAAGGACAUCCGUUGGCUCAGUCCCCACUCAGCCCUUCAUGUGGAGAAGUUCAUCAACUUGCAUGAGAACGGCCAGAGCAGCACUGAUGGCGUGAGUGAGCGAGCCGUGGCAGAGCUGUGGCUGCAGCAUAGCUUGCAGUGCCACUGCCUCUCAGCCCAGCUCCGACCUCUGCUGGGGGACAGACAGUAUAUCAGAAAAUUCUACACAGAUACUGCUUUCCUGCUAAGCGAUGCCCACGUCACGGCCAUGCUCCAGUGCCUAGAAGCAGUGGAACAGAACAACCCUCGCCUCCUGGCUCAGAUCGAUGUAUCUAUGUUUGCUAGAAAGCAAGAGAGCCCGCUGCUGGUGACCAAGAGCCAGAGCCUGACAGCUCUGCCUGGAUCCACAUAUACCCCUUCAACCAGCUACGCUCAACAUUCCUACUUUGGGUCCUUCUCCAGCCUCCACCAGUCCAUGCCCAACCACGGCUCAGAAAGAAGAUCUACUUCCUUUUCACUCUCUGGCCCUCCCCGGAAACCUCAAGAAAGCAGAGGGCAUGUCUCACCAGCAGAGGAUCAAAGCAUCCAAGCCCCUCUGCCUCCAGUCUCUGCAUUAGCCAGGGACUCCCCCUCAACCCCAAAUGAGAUGAGCUCCAGCACUCUGACCAGCCCCUUAGAAGCAUCCUGGGUCAGCAGCCAGAAUGAUUCCCCAAGUGAUGCCAGUGAGGGGCCUGAGUACUUGGCCAUCGGCAAUCUGGACCCCCGAGGCCGGACCGCCAGCUGCCAGAGUCACAGCAGCAAUGCUGAGAGUAGCAGCUCCAAUUUGUUCUCCUCCAGCAGCUCCCAGAAGCCAGAUUCUGCUGCUUCCUCCCUAGGGGACCAAGAGGGAGGUGGGCAGAGCCAAUUGUCCAGUGUCCUUCGCAGGUCUAGCUUCUCAGAGGGGCAAACUCUCACCGCCACUGGUGGAACGAAGAAGAGCCAUACUCGCUCCCAUUCAGAUACAAACAUUGCUUCCAGAGGAACCCCAGGAGGCCCCAGGAAUAUCACCAUUAUAGUUGAAGAUCCCAUUGCAGAAUCCUGCAGUGAUAAGUCGAAGUUGAGAGGCCCCUUGUCCUACUCUGGUCAAAGCAGUGAAUUCAGCACACCCAGCUCUCUGUACCUGGAGUAUGAGGGCAGUCAGUACCUGUGCUCAGGAGAAGGCAUGUUCAGAAGACCUUCAGAAGGACAGUCCCUCAUCAGCUACCUGUCUGAGCAAGACUUUGGCAGCUGUGCAGACCUGGAAAAGGAGAAUGCCCACUUCAGCAUCUCAGAGUCCUUGAUUGCUGCCAUUGAGCUGAUGAAGUGCAACAUGAUGAGCCAGUGCCUAGAGGAGGAGGAGGGGGAAGAGGACAGUGACAGGGAGAUCCAGGAACUGAAGCAGAAGAUCCGCCUUCGUCGCCAGCAGAUCCGCACCAAGAAUCUGCUCCCUGUGUACCAGGAGACUGAGCACGGAAGCUUCCGGGUCACUUCCAGCAGCUCCCAGUUCAGUUCACGUGAUUCAGCACAGUUCUCCGACUCUGGCUCUGCUGAUGAGGUUGAUGAAUUUGAAAUCCAAGAUGGUAGCGAAGGAUCUAACCUGACUCACAUGUCAAAGAAUGGACUCUCAGUGUCAAUGGCCUCGAUGUUUUCAGAUGCUGACAUCAGAAGGAACACACCCUCAAACAGCAAAUCCUUCAUUUCCUCCCAGUCCUUCUCCCACUCCUUCCUGCACUCCACAUCUGCUGAGGCGGUGGCCAUGGGGCUCCUGAAGCAGUUUGAGGGGAUGCAGCUCCCAGCCGCCUCGGAGCUGGAAUGGCUUGUUCCAGAGCACGAUGCCCCUCAGAAGCUCCUGCCCAUCCCUGACUCACUGCCCAUCUCGCCAGAUGACGGGCAGCAUGCUGACAUCUAUAAGCUGCGCAUUCGUGUUCGUGGCAAUCUGGAGUGGGCCCCUCCCCGGCCUCAGAUCAUUUUUAAUGUUCAUCCAGCCCCAACGAGGAAGAUCGCUGUGGCCAAGCAGAAUUACCGCUGUGCAGGAUGUGGCAUCCGGACUGACCCGGACUACAUCAAGCGGCUGCGGUACUGUGAGUACUUGGGCAAGUACUUCUGUCAGUGCUGCCACGAAAAUGCCCAGAUGGUUAUCCCCAGCCGCGUCCUGCGCAAGUGGGAUUUCAGCAAGUACUACGUCAGCAAUUUCUCUAAGGACCUCCUCAUUAAGAUCUGGAACGAUCCUCUCUUCAAUGUGCAGGACAUCAACAGCGCCCUCUACAGGAAGGUCAAGCUGCUCAAUCAAGUCCGGCUACUACGCAUCCAGCUGUAUCACAUGAAGAACAUGUUCAAAACAUGCCGACUGGCCAAAGAGCUUCUGGAUUCCUUUGACACAGUUCCAGGCCACCUGACAGAGGAUCUCCACCUAUACUCGCUCAAUGACCUGACCUCGACCAGGAAGGGGGAGCUGGGGCCCCGACUGGCUGAGCUCACCAGGGCAGGGGCUGCCCACGUAGAGCGAUGCAUGCUCUGCCAAGCCAAGGGCUUCAUCUGUGAGUUCUGUCAGAAUGAGGAUGACAUCAUCUUUCCCUUUGAGCUCCACAAGUGCCGGACCUGUGAAGAGUGUAAAGCGUGCUACCAUAAAGCUUGUUUCAAGUCUGGAAGCUGUCCCCGCUGUGAGCGGCUGCAGGCCCGGCGGGAGUUGCUGGCCAAGCAGAGCCUGGAGUCCUACAUGUCAGACUACGAGGAGGAGCCCACCGAAGCCUUGGCCCUGGAGGCCACCGUCCUGGAGACCACCUGAAGAAAGCACGUAAAAUGCUCUUUCUAGGGGCUAGGGUUACACAUAGUGCAGAACUGAGCCACCUUUCUAAGGACCUUCCACACUUGGUUUUUUUUUUAUUAUUAUCAUCAUUAUUAUUUUUAUGACCUGUCUACUGUCCAUGUAUAGUCAACCUUUGUUAGGUUGGUGGGGUCCAGUCUGUUGUGACAAUUUGUCAGUACCAGGAAUUUCCAUCAGAACUGUCACAUGUGAAGCUUCUGGUACCUCUUCAGGGGAAUGGACGGUGAGACCCAAUUCCUUCUGACAUUCAUGGCCGUCUCCACUUGGACCAGAUCUGGCGUCAGCUGCAUCUCAAGUAUCAUUUCCAGUUUUAUUUUGUUUUAGUUCUGGGGCUUCUGAGCCAGGCCUUUCUCGGCGAACUCACUUCUUUGCUGCUGAAACAGGAGGAUGGAGUUUUCUCUCUCCCAGUCCUGGAAUAGGGUCAGACUGUGCCCUGAGGAGAAGCAGCAGAGAAUGGGACUACAUCGUGGGUGUUUUGUCCAGCUUAUAUAGGUAUUUUUGAGGCCAUAAAAGCAGCGUUAUUACUACCCUGGAAUCUUCAGAGACCUCAAGGAGGCAGCCAUGACUUCCUUGUUUGAAAUAUUCCGUCUAGGCAUAGAGGGUGUCACCGGCUGCCUUUCUAUAUCUCCCCUGGUGGACUUGACACAAAGAACAGGACUGAUGCUUAGGCCAGAUCUACUAGGAGCCCUACAUAGAGCACAGGUGUGGCUACAACUCUGUUGUUCAAGGAGCAUUUAUUCAGUUGGGGGAGCUGUUGGCCUCUCUUAGGUGAUAAGGUCCUUUUUAGUCAACAUUGCUCUGGGACAGGUUUGACAUUUUGAGCUCAGGCAAGUCCCUGAUGCCAUCCUAAAUUGAGGACAAACCCCAUCCACCAUCUUAUCAGUGGGUCUCUUACCACUGUGUCCUCUGUUAGAUGGUCGUUGUGGUUCCUAGUAAAAGUCUGGCCCAACUCCAUGCUCUCCCUCCCUUCCUGCAACAGAGCUGGGACCCUCCCUGGUGGCUGAUCUCUUGCCUUAGUUUCUUUUGUCAGAGUUGAGGAAAACGCUUCCUGCUAUUCGUGGUGUUAGACAACUUGACAAUUUGUGGAUGUGCGUGUGAGUGUUCCUGUAUUCUUGGGAUAACAAGAGCCUUUAUGCCAGUGAUGCACUUAACUCUUUAGCCUGGUGAUAAUUAUAUGGUCACUCACACUUUUCUUAUUACUAAUUUUAACACACACACACAUACAUCCCCUUUUUAAAUGUGUGUUUUAAUGAGGAGAGUUUUUGAUGAGACCGCAUGCAUGUUUGUGGUGUUCUGUAAGUUGCUGUAGCCCCUGACCUGUAUGUAGGACACUGGUCAGGGUCGCUGCUCUGAGGGCUGGCAGCUCUGUGAACUAAAGCUCACAGCAUUUUUGUCCUGGGACUGACUGUUUCCUGUGUACCUGUCUAUCCAUAGUUGGUUGCUAGAAGAAAAACUUAGUGGGGUGCUGCCCCAGGAAGCUGAACAGAAAUUUGCACAGGGUUGGUGGAAGCUGAUGCGUGCCUGAGAUGGUGGCAGCCAGGAGUCUCCCAGGAAAUAGAAGGGGCAGUAGAGUAGCGGCCAGAGCUGAGUCUCUGCCAGCACAAGAGGGAGCGAGGAACUGACCCAUGUGGUUGGUCCCUGUGCCCUGAACUUGGGAUCUGAAGGCUACAUCAGGCUGGGAGACCCUGAGGCUGCUCUCCCUUCGGUUCAUGGGUGAGACCGAAGGGCUCUGAAAGUCCCAGCCUCCCGCCCAGCCCAGUUUUGAAGGGUGAGCUAGAAGCUACCUUGUCCUUCAAAGAGCUUUGGGGAUGACCCUGUGAAACUCGUCUCACUGAGGAAUAGGCCUCAGACACAGGCCAAGGGGUUUGUGAGAAUGG